AUGGCUCCGGAUCCUGUGAGUGAAGCUUGCGCGCAAGCGGGAGCGGACGGACGCCUGGCCGGAUAUGAGCUGCAGAAAGGCAACGACUUACCCAUCAAUUCACCGCUUACCCUUCCCUUUGCGCGACUCGUAUCCGCACGUCCGCAGAUCAGAAGGAAGCUGGUCAUUGUUGGAGAUGGCGCUUGCGGCAAGACAAGCUUGCUUUGCGUCUUUGCCGUUGGAGACUUUCCACACGAAUAUGUGAGUUCAGACAACUGGCCUGCGACGCGCGAACAGGGUACGAAAGUGUGGAAGGAUGCUGGGCCGCUAGAGUUGCACCUCACAAAGCGCUCAAUGGCAGCUGCGAGGUGCAGAAGCACGGUCCAGUCGCUGCCGUAGACCUUUGUGUAGGGCUGCCAACAUCGUAGCCCCCUCUUUGCUGAAUGAUUGAGCAACACGUCGGUCGCUUCUCUACCUUCGCCCGUCCACCGCGCCAGGAACCUAGUGAGUUUGAGAUGCAGAUCCCGCGAAACGACAGGCUCCUUCUGUGACUGAGCGUGUCACAUCUUGUGUACCGCCAGCAAUAUUUGAAAAUUACGUUGCUGAAAUAAGAUUGGAUGGCAAACCGGUACAGCUGGCGUUGUGGGAUACUGCGUGAGUCGGCUACGGGGUCCAAAGCGUCAUCACCCGAAGGUCACUCUGAUCAGACCUUGGAUCUUCACUGCACGACGCGGACAGGGGUCAGGAGGAGUACGAGGUAAGUGGAGGUCUGGACGCUGCUUUAUCGCAAGUGGCGUUCGGUCCCGUUGACGCUUCUCUGUCCGCAGCGCCUGAGGCCGCUUUCGUACUCUCAAGCACACGUCAUACUCAUAGCCUUCAGCAUCGACACGCCCGACUCUCUCGACAAUGUCACAGUCAAGGUGAGACGUCUUCGGACCGCUCGUCAUCCGUUGCAUUGCUGAGUUGACGCCGACAUCACUUGCGCGCGCAGUGGAUGGAAGAGGUACGGCAAAUUUGCGGCCCUCAGGUGCCCGUCUUACUCGUAGGCUGCAAGAGGGAUCUGCGAGAUGAGGCGGAAGGGCGAGGAGGUGCUGGGAGCAGAUUUGUGACCACAGCUCAAGUGAGUGAGCGAGGAAAAGUGGCUUUGCAGGUCGACUGAAUCUUUGGUUGCAAUGUCCACCUUCAGGGCAAAGCGAUUGCCCAGCAGAUUGGCGCAAGGUCAUAUCAUGAAUGCUCAGCGCUGAAGAAUGAUGGAGUGGACGUGAGUGGUUCACCUCACGGUGCAUUGUCGCAAAGCGGCAAUUAGUGUUGAUGCGCUGUGAUUGUUCAUCACGGGACAGAACAUCUUUGAGGCUGCCACAAGAGCUAGCAUGCUCUUGCGUGGCCCCGGCGGCACUGGCAACGGCGGCGAGAGGCGGCACUCCAGAUCAAAGUCCAAAUCAAAAGGGGGCAAGUAUGGCGACAAGGAGAAGGAUGCUGGCGGUUGUCGAUGCGUGGUCCUCUAA